AUGUCGCGCCUCUCCUCGGCCGCGGUGCUGAUCGUCCUGCUCGCCGUGGCGCUCCUCGAGAGCGAUCUUCUCAGCUGGCUCCGUGUCAGCCUCCUCGACGCGCUGCUCCUGCCGGCUCCGCCCACUCUGUCGCGCUUCGACCGUGAAUGCUCACGCCUCGCCGGCCCUGUCGGAGCCGAGGACGGCGUCCUUCUCGAUGGCGAUCCUCCCGUCGUCCUCAUGGGCGAGCUGGACGCCCUUUCUCACGAGUUCACCACCGCCGACGUGCACGGCGCCUCGGCGUCCACGAUUCCGCCGGGCCGCAUCUGGGCGCUCGAGAUGACUGCACAGCCGCGACUCACGCCGCUCGAGGUGCCUCUGCCUGCCGGUGCGACGACAAUGCACCUGCACGGACUUGGCUUGCACGGCGACGUGCUUUUUGCAGUCAACCACGCCUUUGGCAGCGGAGGCGAGAGGAUCGAGCGCUGGAGGGUGAGCCGUCCGACUGCCAAGGACGGGGCCGAUGCCGGCACGGCGGGUCAUCCGGUGGCGCUUUCAGCCUUGCCCCCGGUCACCGCCGCGCUCUUCCGGGACGUGCCCGGCGAGCCCGGCGAGCGGGCAACAUUGACGUCAAAGCUCAACGCCGCCAUCAACGACAUUGCUCCUGUCAGCCCGACAGAGUGGUACAUGACGCAAUUCGUGGACGAGCCGGCGUCGCACGAGGGUGCGGCGGCGGGCCUUCUCCCCGACCGCAUCGCCGCCAAGCUGCUGCUGCCUCGGCUUCGGCGCUCGCGCCUCUGGCACUGCUACUGCGACGGAGGGCUCGAGCCGCACCGGGACGGGCCAGCGACUUGCCGAGAGACGGCGUGCACUGCCGUUGGCCGCAGAGGUGUCGUGUGGAAUGGCGUCGCGUACCGGCCGGUGAGGCCGCGGUCUCCCGCGCGCGGCGGGCUGGGCGGCAGGCUCUACGUGAGCGACAUCUUUCGGCGGGUGGUGGUCGAGUAUGACGUCCUCGGCUCGGGCGCGUCCGCGCGGCUGGAGGAGAGGCGUUCGCUCCUCGCACCACACCUCAUCGACAACUUGCACCUCGAGCCCGCGGGUGGCGCUCUCUGGGCCGGCGCGGUGGGCUACUCGAGCGCCCACUUCUGGAGGCCUCUCGCCGCGCUGCUCGCCAACGCCUCGGCGGCGCACGCGGCGGCGCGUGCCGCUAGCCGGCCAAGCCCGAGGCCGCACACGCUACUGCGGCCCGAGGAGGGAGGGCCGCCAACGCCUCCGAUGCCGUCCGGCGCGCUCCGGUUCGAUCUGGCGACGGACGAGGCCAAGGUGGUCGGGAUGCAGGGGCGUCAUCUAGCCGGGGUCUCAUUCAGCAUUCCGGUGGGAGAUCGGCUGGUGAUGGGGAGCCCGUUCGACGACGGCGUCCUGGUUUGCCCGCGAGUGGAGCCUUGA